AAAAUAUGUUAUUCAACUACUAAUUAAGUAUAAGAAACCAAUUGAUUUUCAUAUUAGAGCAACUUAUUCUACAAUUAUGUUUUAACUUUAAUUGAUAAUCUAAAAUGAGCAGAUAACAGUCCGGGGGCCAUAGUUCGAUUGUUAUCAGUGUGAAGAAUUAUAGUAAGUAUUUGUAGGCAUUGUUAUCAAUAUCUUACUCAUUUGUAAUGCAGCUGCCGAUUUGUGAACAAACAUCUCGUAAAUGUUCAAAAGCGCAUUCACGAAAAUCACGGUGAUUUGUUUGGUCUAGCUUAUACCCACUCUGUACAAAAUGUAUUUAAAACGCGAGUAUGAACGAAUAAUCUUCAAGCUACUGAAUGUGUGUCUCCUAUGCUUAAUGAUGACGCAUAAAUAUUCGCAAGCUAAAGGAGGCUUCAAAUGUAUCUACGGCUACGAGAAAUCCAUGUAUACUGCUAAUUGUACCUUGGACGAGAGAGAGACCAAAUUUCCGAAGGAUUUAAACAGAGGAAUCGAGGCUUUGUACUUGAAACGCAGUAUGAUUCGUUCAAUUGAUGACAACACUUUCGAAAAUCUGUCAAAUAUCAAAUUCUUAUUCCUGGAGUUCAAUACACGGUUAAGAGCAUCAGCUCGUGCUUUCAAACCUUUGAAUAAAUUACACACUUUGGACUUAAGCUACUCUGGCAUUACGAACACAACUGCGAUAGAAUUUCCGGAGUCAUUGAAACAAUUAUCGCUCAGCGGAGUGGAAAAAGUGACUACAGAAUCGGGAGAAUUGCCAAUAAGUUGUCUGCAAGAUUUGGAAGGUCUUUCCUUGAGUGACUGUUCAUUGAACGAGGUACCUUCUUUCGGAGGCCCCCUUAUUUCUUUGACUAGUCUGGAUCUAACGGACAAUGCGCUACAAGAUUUCAAAUUCGAAAGCCUUGCCAAUUUAUGCAGUUUGAAGAAAUUGUUCAUUUCGCCCGACGUUAUAGAAGUACGAAAUUAUUGCGAAUGCGUGAAGCUAAAACAGUGGACCGAAAGUCAACAUAUAAUCGGUGCAAAUAUAAUAUGCAAAUCUGACAACAACGAUCAAGAAUGCAACACAUCGUUAUCGAAGGCUUUUUUGGAAACUCAUAAUUCAUGCAUACGAAAGAGGAAGAUGAGAACUUUUCUCAGUUGGUUCUUCGGCGUUUCCAUUAUUUUAGCAGGGUGCUUCGUAUGCGUAGCAUUGCUGAUUGGAUUAUACAUCGCCUGUAAUCGAAGACAAUUUUCUAGGAACACUAUAAGAGCAUAUUUUCUUUGCCAAAGAAGAUGAACAGAAGCAGAAAUCAUAACGAAAAAUCUAAACUUCUUCACAGAGAAAGUAAAGCACGUAUAAGAAGGCUAUUGCCUAUUUUUAAAAUGUAAGGAACUAACAUUUUUCGAAAAAAAAAUUAAAGCGCGAUGAGCUUUUGCAUAAAUUGCAAAUUGAAGACACUACGAAGUGAUUCCGAAAUAAAAAUGAUCCAGAAAAUGGAUAACAGCGAACAAAUCGACUUUCCAUCUGGGAUUAGAAUUUAAAAAUUCAUCAACACUCGAACUCGUUGGAUUAACAAUUCUUCAAGAAUUAUUUUUGGAAACUUUUAGACGCAAUAACUUUUCUAAUUUAAUCCCAUGUAAAAUUUUGUCUUAUCUAUAGCCCUUUUAAAUUCGCAAACUAAGAAAAACUUCAUAAUAAAAUUUCAACUCGAACUUCAUUCCAACUUUUGUUUUUUCAAACAACGUUUUCCCCUUCAAUUUCAGUUUAGGCAACUUUUUCAUCUUGUGAGAUGAUCCAGGUGGACAUGAAAUUCAAGGCCAAAUCACCUCAACCAUACGAACGAAAAUUCUCGAAUAUUUAAAUGUUUAAACUCCCCAGCGAGAGCUCAAAAUAAUAUUUUUCUCCUUAAAAAAUAUGAUAUUCAAAUUGAAACAAGGCUAACCCAACGAAAAACAAUCUUUAUUACAAACACCUUACCGCACAUCAAAAAAUAAAAAUACAACAACUUAACUCAAAUAAACAGGUAAUCCAUAAAAAUACACCCAACAUCAUCCAAAUUCUUUCAAUAUUCCAUAUUAAACCAUAUUCAAAAAAAAAAAAAAAAUCAUCACGAACACCUUCAUCAUCUAAACAAACCAUUAAUAAAAAUAAUCAAAAUAGUACAAAAAAAUAAAUAAAACACCCAACAUAAUAAUAAUAAACAACACCAACCCUUAUAAAGCUUAUGCAAUAAAAACACUUAUAGUUGUUAAAAUUAACCCAAUAACGUUACAAUUGCGCUUAGUAAACAUAUAACAAUGUAUAACAUACCCUUAUAAAUUAUUUAUAAGAGUAAGUACCUUUUUUUUUUUCGCUCAACUUGAAACAGACAAAUCCUUUAUAAAUUUCACAUUAAACAGGAAAAGCAAUAAAAUAGUAAUUUCCGUUCGUUAAUAUUUCGUAUCGUCGCCGCAACGAGUAGAUAGGCUAUUUAUAUAAGUUAAAAAUUGCCAAGUUAAAAUUAAAAAACGUGACAAUACUGUAUCGUAUUUCUAUUUUCCAUAAUCUAAGAACGUUAUUGUCGGAUGUCACAACAAAAAACGACGUAUGUACGUAAAAAUUUAUAGGAUAAAAUUAGGUAAUUAGGUAUGAAUUCUAAUCGUACAGAAUCAUUACAAAAAUUAGUAAUAAUUAGGUAUCAUCUCCGUUCGAAUAUUUUUAAAUAGGUAGGUAAAUGCAGAUUGUUCCCAAAUAUUGUCAGAUAUAGGUAUAAGAGUGAAUAAAUAAAGAAAAAUCAUUACGUU